GCUGGGGCCUGGGCUAAAAUGGUGAAUAUUUUUUAAAGAAAAAGUAGAUAUGACAAACGAAGAAAAAAACCAGCUAUCUGUUGCAUUACAAAGAAAGUGGAAGAGUAUCCGUGGCUGCUUCACAAGGGAAGUUGGCCGCCAAAAAAGUUUAAAGUCCGGAUCUGGUGGUGGACCACGUAAAAGUGAAUAUGUCUUCUUUCAACAACUGCAAUUCUUAAAAAAUGUUGUAGCUGUAAAGGAGCCUGAAUACGUUGUUGAUAAAGAACCUAAGGAGGACUCUAAACCAGAUAUAUAGAUGGUAAAACGUAAAAAAAAAGAAGAACAGAGGCAACUAAAAAAAAAAGAACAAUGUCUCGAAGA